AUGUCUUCUCAAGUUCGCACUCUCCACAAACGAUCUCAGUCUUCUUCUGUAUCAAAACUAACCAGUGAAAAAAGCACGUUUUGUGUUCUACGAGAUCAACUUCGAUUCGUUCCACGCGGUGAAAUCAUCUCGAUUAAGGUUUUGUCCAAAUUAUCAUUAGGUGACAUGCGCAUUCAAGGUACUAUCAUUCUAAUAGGAAACCAAGAGGAGCGUGACAACUUGAUGGACAUUGUUUCAUCAACAAAAAAUUCUUCAAAAUUAUCUGAUACGUCGACGAACGAUGAAGAAAAUCUAGCAGAAGAUAAAGGGAUUGAAGUCAUCCCUUCUCCUAAAGCUGUAUCAUCAGAAAUUGAUGAAUGUGAGGCCGACGAAGAAGAAAGCAGAGAGUCAGAAGAAGAUGAUGACAAAAAGAAGAAGAACAUCGAUUUAUCAAAACUUUCUUCUUCGCUUUCCAUUCUCGCAGUGAAUAGCAAGGCUAAUAUACAACCGUUGACAACAGCCAGUCCUACUGGUAAACAGACAAUUCAAUACUUGGUUCAAGUGGGAAAAAUCUUGUCCAAUGAGUCUGAUCCAUGUUCUGAAAUCGAUGAUGAUGAGAUUGACAGAGGAGAAAUCUCCGGCUAUAUCUGUUCUACCUUGGAUAUGAGUGAGUCUGAGUUGCUUGCUUUUAACGGUAAAACUCUGUUAUCUACUGCUCGGCAAGAGUUUCGAAAGAAGUAUCCCGAUCCAAACACAAUCUUUGCCAAUGCCACGAAAGAGCAUAUACAAGCUGCAGCUGGUGUUUUUCUUCUCAAUAUAGAUAUGAUACUCGUGGGGUUUAUUUUAGAAUUCGCCUGGCUCAAUCAUCCAUUGGAAAAACGGUCGAAUGGAUAUGUCAAAAAUCUGUAA